AUGGAUAAUUUGGAUAAAGAUAAUAGCAAUACAGAUACCCCAGCAAACUUAGAGUCUACUUCAAAUAUAAGUUUGUUACUCCAGCUAUUAGCGAACCCAACAGCUCUGCAACAAGCUGCUACAAUGAUUACUAAGCAAAAUCAACAAACAUCUUCUGCGCCAACUCAAUCUACUAAUUCUGCUACUUCUAUUAGUUCUAUGCCAUCAAAUGCUCUUAUAGGCGUCAUUAAUACAUCAAGAAAUCUUCGCGAUAAAUUGAAUGCUACUUAUGAAAAAGGAAAAUAUGCAUCAGAACAGAUACCAGUUAGAGACUUUGUUUUGCAAAAAAUAACUGAGGAUAUUAUUGGAAAUUGGGCUGAGACUGAACGAAAGAAAAAAAUUAAAGAAGCCCAAAUAAAAGGUAUUGAUCCGCCUUCAAAAUGCAAAAACAUUAUACCACCUAAUCUGAAAUUCAAGAAAAUGAAGACAAUUCCACCUGCGCCAAGUACUGAUGCUGAUCUUCCACCUAUGCUAAUUUUCAACUCAACAUCAAGUACCAAUGCUGAUCUUCUACCUGCGCUAAUUAUCAACGAACUGUUGACUAUUGACGCUAAUUUACAAUUAGCUUUAGCUAUGGAAAGUCAAGAGUCUGAAACUACUAAUUUAAACGUGGCUCUUAAUGCUUCACAAUUAUAA